UGAAGGUAUGAGGACGUGACUUUGUGUCCUCAGAUCAGACACAGAAAGACGGCAGGACAGACGAGGGACAAUCGGCAGCGUCUGGUGUCCAUGCGAAGGUGGACAGUGUGUGUGUGAGUGGACCUGAGCCCAGUUCAGCAGAGUCUGAACUGGUCUGACAGCUUCCAUCAACAAAGCAACAAACAGGUGGCGCUCUGCUAUGAAUCAGAUCAAGGAGAGUGAAGAGGAAGCUCCGCCCCCUAUAACCACUCGGUGUGAGAAACAUGACGUUCAGAGGAGGAUCCAUCAACAGAGACCAGACUCUGCUGGACCUGGACCCAGCUUUGUGUCCAUGAAGAGUGAGCGGUCUAUGGAUCGUCUUAUUAAGUUCAAGGAUGAACAAAAACAUGGUGAACUGAUAGUUGAUCAGCAGAGGACAGAGGUUCUCAGUGGUCAGUCUGUCCAGCAGCAUCGAGCAGACCUGGAAUCCAUAUUUAAGCUGCUGGAGGAGAACAUCAUCUGCUUUGUGAAGAACGAGCUGAAGAAGAUUCAGAAGGUUCUGGGUACAGAUCACACAGAAGUCUUAGACCGUCAGAAGGAGGAUGAGGAGCAGAGGAGCAGCAGAGAGGCCUUUCUGAAGAUCACAGAGGUCUUCUUGAGGAAGAUGAAGCAGGGGAAGCUAGCUGACUGUCUACAGAGCAAAAUCAGAGCUUCAGCUUGUCGACGUGAACUCAAAUCAAACCUGAAGAAGAAGUUCCAGUGUUUGUUUGAGGGCGUGGCUAAAGCAGGAAACCCCACCCUUCUGAAUGAGAUCUUCACAGAGCUCUACAUCACAGAGGGAGGGACUGGAGAGGUCAAUGAAGAACAUGAGGUCAGACAGAUUGAAAGAGCUUCCUGGAAACCAGACAGACCAGAAACAACCAUCAGACAAGAAGACAUUUUUAAAGCCUCAGCUGGAAGAGACGGACCAAUCAGAAGAGUGAUGACAAAGGGCGUGGCUGGCAUUGGAAAAACAGUGUUAACACAGAAGUUCACUCUGGACUGGGCUGAAGACAAAUGCCACCAGGACGUACAGUUCAUGUUUCCCUUCACCUUCAGAGAGCUGAAUGUGCUGAAAGAGAAGAAGUUCAGUUUGGUGGAACUCAUCCAUCACUUCUUCACUGAAACCAAAGAAGCAGGAAUCUGCAGGUUUGAAGACUUUAAGGUAGACUUCAUCUUUGAUGGUCUGGACGAGUGUCGACUUCCUCUGGACUUCCACAACACUGAGAUCCUGACUGACGUCACAGCGUCCACCUCAGUGGACGUGCUGCUGACAAACCUCAUCAGGGGGAAACUGCUUCCCUCUGCUCGCCUCUGGAUAACCACACGACCUGCAGCAGCCAAUCAGAUCCCUCCUGACUGUGUGGACAUGGUGACAGAGGUCAGAGGGUUCAUGGACCCACAGAAGGAGGACUACUUCAGGAAGAGGUUCAGAGAUGAGGAGCAGACCAGAAGGAUCAUCUCCCACAUCCAGACAUCACGAAGCCUCCACAUCAUGUGCCACAUCCCAGUCUUCUGCUGGAUCACUGCAACAGUUCUGGAGAACAUGUUGAAAACCAGAGAUGGAGGAGAACUGCCCAAGACCCUGACUGAGAUGUACAUCCACUUCCUGGUGGUUCAGUCCAAAGUGAAGAAGGUCAAAUAUGAUGGAGGAGCUGAGACAGAUCCACACUGGAGUCCAGAGAACAGGAAAAUGAUUGAGUCUCUGGGGAAACUGGCUUUUGAGCAGCUGCAGGAAGGAAACCUGAUCUUCUAUGAAUCAGACCUGACAGAGUGUGGCAUCGAUAUCACAGCAGCUUCAGUUUACUCUGGAGUCUUCACUCAGAUCUUUAAAGAGGAGAGAGGCCUGUACCAGGACAAGGUCUUCUGCUUUGUCCAUCUGAGUGUUCAGGAGUUUCUGGCUGCUCUUCAUGUUCAUCUGACCUUCAUCACCUCUGGAACAAAUCUGUUGUCAGAAGAACCAACAACGAGCCUGUGGUCCAGACUGUUUAGAAACAAACUGAAUCAUCUGCAUCUGAGUGGUGUUGACAAGGCCUUACUGAGUCCAAAUGGACACCUGGACUUGUUCCUCCGCUUCCUCCUGGGUCUUUCACUGAAGACCAAUCAGAAGCUCUUAAGAGGUCUGCUGACACAAACAGUAAGUGGUUCACAGACCAAUCAGAAAACAGUUGAGUACAUCAAGAAGAAAAUCAGUGAGAAUCUGUCAGCAGAAAAAAGCAUCAACCUGUUCCACUGUCUGAAUGAACUGAACCAUCGUUCUCUUGUGGAGGAGAUCCAAGAGUCCCUCACAUCAGGACGCCUGUCCACAGAGACACUGUCUCCUGCUCAGUGGUCAGCUCUGGUCUUCAUCUUACUGUCAUCUGGAAAAGAUCUGGAAGAGUUUGACCUGAAGAAAUACUCAGCUUCAGAGGAGGCUCUUCUGAAGCUGCUGCCGGUGGUCAAAGCCUCCAACAAAGUUCUACUGAGUGGCUGUAAACUAUCAGGGAGAAGCUGUGAAGCUCUGUCCUCAGUCCUCAGCUCUGUGUCCUCUAGUCUGAGACAUGUGGACCUGAGUAACAAUGAGCUGCAGGAUUCAGGAGUGAAGCUGCUGUGUGAGGGACUGAAGAGUCCUCACUGUUCUCUGGAGACUCUCAGGUCAGACUCUGACUCAGACUUUUUGCUUCUUUAGGUUCUUGUUGAUAAAGAUGUUUUUUCUGAAUCACUGAGUUCAUCAUAUCUUCUUAACUCCAGUCUGUCAGGUUGUCUGGUCACAAAGGAAGGAUGUUCUUCUCUGACCUCAGCUCUGAACUCCAACCCCUCCCAUCUGAGAGAACUGGACCUAAGCUACAAUCAUCCAGGAGACUCAGGAGAUGAGCUGCUGUCUGCUGGACUGAAGAGUCCACACUGGAGACUGGACUCUCUCAGGAUGGACCAAGCUGGAGAGCACAGGUUAAAACCUGGUCUCAGGAAGUAUUCAUGUGAACUGGAACUGGACACAAACACAAUGAACAGAAAACUCAAACUGUCUGACGACAACAGGAAAGUGACCUUUGUGACACAAGAUCAGUCGUAUCCUGAUCAUCCAGACAGAUUUAAGUCCUGUCCUCAGCUGCUGUGUAGACCUGGUCUGACUGGUCGCUGUUACUGGGAGGUCGAGUGGAGAGGAAUAGUUUAUAUAUCACUGAGUUACAGAGGAAUCAAGAGGAAAGACAACAGUUCUGACUGUGUGUUUGGAGGUAACAAUCAGUCCUGGAGUCUGAUCUGCUCUGAUGAUCAUGGUUACUCUGUCCUUCACUGUGAGACAGAAACACACAUCAGGUCGUCCUCUAUCUGUUACAAAGUAUCAGUGUAUGUGGACUGUCCAGCUGGGACUCUGUCCUUCUACAGUGUCUCCUCGGACUCACUGAUCCACCUCCACACCUUCAGGACCACAUUCACUGAACCGGUUUAUCCUGGGUUCCUGGUCUUUCGUGGUUCCUCAGUGUCUCUGUGUUCUCUGUAGGACAUGAAGAGACAGCGUCCUCAGUGGUGGACGAGGUCUCACGGUUUAGAAUGUGAUGUUGGGCUGUAUCUAUCUAUUGUUGCGUGUUCCUGGAUGUUUUCACUGAUGUAAUCUUUUAUGAGUGGUAAGACAAUGACGUCAUCAACAUCUGAUUACUUUACCUAGUAUUACUAUACCUGAUUACCUUGUGUGGUGUCUAUA